GAUCGCCGGUGACGUCACGACAUGAGCGGAGCUGAGACCGUGCUCGUGAUCAGUACGAAACGCUGAACACUGGAACUAGAUUUACUCCUUUUUGUAGGCCGUUACUCGAAACAUUUGCGAAGAACUGACGACCCGUCCCAACACCUACGUUUCGCAUUUAGAAGACAGAGGUGGUGGUUGAGAGGUGUGAGGGGAGUGUGUGUGUCUGUGUGUGAGUGAAUGUGUGAAUAAUGGCCGAACAACAGAGACAGCGUUCGCUCUCCACAUCAGGAGAAUCACUGUACCAGGUCCUGGGAGUUGAUAAGAACACAGCACCAGAAGAUAUCAAAAAAUCCUAUAGAAAACUAGCUCUGAAAUUUCAUCCAGACAAGAAUCCCGACAACCCAGAAGCGGUCGAGAAGUUUAAAGAGAUAAACAACGCUCACGCCAUUUUGUCGGAUGCCACUAAACGCAACAUCUACGACAAAUACGGCUCUCUCGGCCUCUACGUGGCAGAACAGUUUGGAGAGGAGAAUGUGAACACAUACUUUGUAUUGUCCAGCUGGUGGGCCAAGGCCUUGUUUGUAUUCUGUGGUGUGGCCACUGGCUGUUACUUCUGCUGUUGUUUAUGCUGCUGUUGUAACUGCUGCUGUGGAAAAUGUAAACCUCAUCCUCCUCAUUCAGAUGAGCCUGAUUUCUAUGUGUCACCUGAAGACUUAGAGGCUCAGAUGCAGUCUGAUGAAAGAGAUGGCAGCAACCCCAUUGUGAUGCAGCCCUCCUCUGCCACAGAAACCACUCAGCUGACCGCAGACUCUCACCACUCCAGCUAUCGGACAGACGCCAGCUACUAAAGUAACCUCCCCCUGUCUUUCUCUCUCUCUCACACACGGGACCACCAUGCCGGAAGAGGGCACUGUGGAGAAUGAGUGUUGAGUGAUAGACCAGAUAAAUAGAUUGAGGUUUAGUUGAGCAGAUUGGAAACGUGAUAAAUGUUUUACUGUACAGGGAAAGUUUUUUUUAUUUGCCUUUUACCUCUGCCAUCCCCAAACAUACUGUUGCGUUAUAUAACACACACACUUCCAGUGUCAGUUGUCUU